GGAGGGUUUCCGGUGUGUGAGAAAAGAAAAGUGUGUGUGUGUGUGUGUGUGUGUGUGUGUGUGUGUGUCUCAUGUUUCUGUGUGUUGCAGAGCGUUAUCUGAUCCACAUCCCAUUUCCACAGAGAAGCUGAUCCUGCACAGCUCUGCAACCAGCACACCAAGAUGCGUUACCUGCUGACGACUCAGAGCCAGAACUGCUACAGAGAGCAGAUCCAGAAGGAGAUGAUGACCCGUUUGGCGUGGAAGAGACGCUAUGCCGAGCAUUACCCUUCCUGCUAUAAUCCUGGAAACACUAGCGCAGAAACCACACAGCUGCCCCAUCUACCUGCAGACCACAGGACUGUUCUUCCUACUGUAACUAUGAAACCAAAACCUCCCCCUCCUCCUCCUCCUCCUGUGGUCUCUUUGGACGAGGAGCGGCGGCUCAGUGUCGCCCCCCUCAUGAGACCUGUUUCUCCACAGACAAGAAGCGCUCUCUAUCAGGAAUCCUCUCAUCAUGGGAAAGGGCGCAGUCUGUACCUGCAGAGACGUGGGCGGAUCAGACCUGAGGAGAGGUUUGACUUUCCCGUGCUCUCGUCCUGGGAGUACGGCUGGAGGCUCGGUGACUACACUCUGGAUUACACAACUCCGUCCCGGGCCAAGUCGUCAGUGGUGAAGAACACCUUUUACGCCAGGAACGGUGUGUUCAACAACAAGUCAGCCACCGACACCCUCGGCUGAAGUUCAUACUUCAGACAUGAAUUACCAAGAUGUCCGAGCAGUUCACGUUUGGGGAUUUAGGUGAUUUUAUGAAAACUGUAUGUGCACAAUGUUGGUAGUUUAGAUUAUUCUCAUUUCCUUUCAUCAUUUCAUGUUUGAAUGAUUUUGACGCCAUCUUCCUCCUACACGAAAAAAGUGGCCU